AUGUGCCUGCCAGGGCUGGAGGAGGCCUUGUUUGGAGAGCGCUGGGGCACGCACAGCUUGCUUGUUCCCGGAAAGUGCUCUGAUGUGAGGCUCGGACAUGUUUGAAGCUGGGUGAUGUGGACACGACCCCUCUGCCCUGCGACAGGCCGUGUCCUCCUCCCAACCAUGUCCUCCUCCUGGCUCUGCAGGAGGCUCGUGCCCCCUCUCUGCUCUCCCCUCUCCACAGCAGCCAAGCUAACACAACCCCCUCCCUGCCUAAAACACCUCUCCACAGGAUUUUAAAUAUGACUAGAAGCGGUAAUAACGCCGCAGCUGGAUGUUUUCCAAGUGAAAAUGUUGAGGGUUCCCCAUAGGGAUGAGGCCAGCACUGCCCAGACCUGCAGCUCUAGUGCCCGUUGCCAUCCCCAGUGGGGUCCGAUCCUGGAACGACACAGCCUGUGUGAAUUAUUACGGGGCUUGCCCCGUACCUGCUGAACCGUGGUGGUGUUUUGGGUGUGCUCACUCACUGCUCCUUGCUCUCCCACAGCACGACUUCUCGCUGGAACGAAAGGUGCUCUACUGGCUGGAGGCUGCCUCUCAGCACCAAACCUCCCGGCACCGGCUCACCACCGACACCGUCCCCACGGCCCCGCCGUGCUGGCUGCUGCUUGUGGACCCCGCUGAGGGCAGGGAGACGGCCGGGGGCAGAGCGCGGGACGCUGCAGUGCGGCGCUGCAUCAGCCUCAACGCCGCCGACCAGGGCAGAGGCAGAGCCUCUGACACGGAGAGCGAGGCCGCGCGCCCGGAGGAGGACGGGUACUUGGAAGAUGAUGAGUAUUCCUCCACCUCCUGGGAAGAAAAUGACAGGGAUGAGAACGUUUUCAGGAGGAGAAACCAGCAUGUCUUUCAGCAGAUCCGACCGAAGACAUCGCCCGGCUUGCUGGAGCCGCCUCCAGAGAACGGCUACAAGGCAGCGAGCCCGGACAUGGGCAAGCAGAGGCGGUCCUUGGUUUUGUUCAACAACAUGAAGAACGAGCUGGAAGCAGCCAGGAGGAAGCUGGCUGCUUUGGUGCAUCCUUUAAACAGAGCCACGGCCGAGAAUGGAGGGCUCCCAGAGCCACCAGCACUCCCCCAGCGCUCCCGAAACAACAGGAGCCUGAAGUAUGGGCCGGCAGCGGCCGUAUCCUGCGCGGGAGGCUUGGUGCCAGCUCCCCCUCCAGGGCCAGCCAUCCCCAUGCCCCCCAUCCGCAAGCACAAGCCCACGGUGCCGUCCCUCAGCCCCUACACCUGCCUGCCCCCGGCACGGCCGCUGGCAUCCCGCAAAACCAAGCCGGAUUCGGCGGCCGACCUGCUCGCGGCACUGAGCCAGGAGGAGCGCGACCUCAUCGAGCCCGUCAUCGCCUUGGGCUACCCGGCCCACAAAGCCAUCCUCACCCUCCAGAAGACUGGGAGGCAAAGCCUGGGGCAGUUCCUGGGCUACCUCCGGGCCUGCGACCGGCUGCUGAAGCAGGGCUACGAGGAAGGGCAGGUGGAGGAGGCCAUGGAAAUGUUCCAGUACUCGGAGAAAAAGGCAGCUGAAUUCCUGCACUUGUUAGCUCAGUUCAACGACAUGGGUUUCCAGCAGAAUGAAAUCAAAGAAGUCCUCCUGCUUUGCGGGAACCAGAGAGACAAGGCGCUGGAAGAGCUCAUGAUGAAGAGGCAGUGAAGGCGCCCAGCACCGAUGGGCAGCUCCGUCCAGGACACCCAGCACUCAUCCCGCUGCUCCGUCCCCUCCUGGGCAGCAAGCAGCAACGUACCAGCGUGGGUUCUCAUCUCGUCCGGGGACAUCCAUCACGCGCUGGUUUGUCACUGCGCCGAGGCAAAGGCUUCGCAUCGGCAGUGUUUAUCUCCUCACCCACACAUAUCCACCCUUGAGCGACUCUGCUGUUUAGAUUAGGGGGGAUGAGAUCCAAGCUGCCUUUCGCUUCGACUGUGCGAAAGCAGAAAGCGAGCCUUCUCCCUGCACCUGGGGAACGCGCAGCUCCUGCGGCUUGUUUCGGCAGCGCCGUGUUUACAAAUAGAGCCACACGCAGUGAUAUAAAUCAUCAGAAGAGGGUGUUUUCAUAAAAGCCGAGUGCUUUCACAGAAACACCACUUCUUCCUUUCUUGGGAAGAUUCUCAGCUGACUUAAUGACGUUUGGAUAUUGUAAUUGAAACCUAGCCGGAUCAACUUGGUGUCUCCUUCUGAACAAGAAAUUAGAGAAAAAUGCACAGCUCGGUGAAGGGUUUGGAAGGAAAACAGGCUGCCGUUGUUCUAGGUAACUAAUACACUGCUUUUACCCAGCACAAUGAAAAACGGCUUGUGCAAGGCUUCAUGCUCAGGAAACUUCAUGAAAUCUGAGCAGGGAGAUGAAGGACUGGCUCAGCUCUGCCUUCCAUUAGGCAAAUUCAGGGGAUGCUUCCCUAAAUUGUGGAGACAGUGGCUCAAAAUUAGGUUAAGCACAAACAUCAGGAUCAGGAAAAUCUGGAUGCCUGGGGGAGUUUUUGUGUGUAACUAAGUACAGAGACUGGGAGCUUCAGCUCACCAUACAGGAUGUGUCUCGUGUUUUGGCAGCAUAACGAUGGGUAGUGUUUUCGUAAAAAAGUACAUUAUUUCCCUGUGAAUUAGAUACAGAUGUAAUUUCUUUGAGUAAAGAUGCUUGGAGGGGUUCUUAUAAAGAAGUAUCGUUGUCUUUUCCUAUGAAAAUGCCAACUGGCACAAUGUAGCAGAGACAAUUCUUAUUAAUUAGUUGCAAAGUAUUGACCACUUUUCCACUGUGUCCUUCCAAGCGAUCUCCUUGCCCAAUGCAUUAAAAUACAUUAAUCAAAUUAAAACAAUGUGUCCCUGCUCCACUCUUCUUUGGGUAGCUCUCAAAACAAUGGCAUGCAGGUGUAGCCCUCCAUGAAUGC